UCCUUUUACUUUUUUUUUUUUUUACGUCUAUAAAGAAAAAAAAAACCACACUCUGUCUCUAACUCCAGCUCCCGUAACCUUUAUCUCUCUCCUCGUUUCUUCGUUCCAAAGUCUUUCUCUUCCGCACUUCUCCUCCGAUGCCUCCACUCUCCACCCCAACCCAAACCCCUCUCGCUCCCAAGCCAACGAAGCCUCCUCCGCCGCAUCCGCCAUUGCCGCCGCCUCCUGCUGCGAUGGCGGCGGCGGCGGCGGCGGCGAUGGCGGAGGAGGAGCUCCCUCUCCGGCCGAGCAAGCAUCAACUCCUCCGCCACCGCCGCCGCACCAACCCCCUCGUCUGGUGCUUCGCCAUACUCUGCUUCCUCUUCAGCCUCCUCCUCAUCUUCGCCGGGAUCCUCAUCCUCGUUGUCUUCCUCCUCAUCAAGCCCCGGAACCCCCAAUUCCACGCCUCCGCGGCGUCCCUGAACGGGAUCUACAUCGACUCCCCCCCAACCCUCGCCCCCUCCGCCCCCGGCUACUACUACCUCAACGGCGACCUCACCCUCCUCGCCAACAUCUCAAACCCUAACCCCCACAUCGACGUCGCGUUCCGGUACCUCAGCGUCGAGCUCUACUUCCGCGACCGGCUCAUCGCGGCGCAGGGGCUGGCGCCGUUCGCGCAGCGGCGCGGGGAGGCGAGGGUCGCGUCGCUGCACAUGGUGACGAGCGAGGUGGGGCUCCCGCGGGAGCUCGCCGCGGCGAUGGCGGAGGAGGUGAGGAGGGGUAGGGUUUCGUACAUCGUGCGCGGGACCUUCAAGGUGCGGGCGAGCCUAGGGUUUGGUCACCUGACGUAUUGGGUGUACGGGAGGUGCGACAUCGACCUCUCGCCGCCCCCCAGCGGGGUGUUGUUGGCCAGCAGCUGCAGCACUAAGCACUCAUUCUAGGUUGGUUCUGUUUCUUCCUGUGAUCUCGUCUCCAAUCACUAUCACACUCUCUCUCUCUCUCUCUCUCUCUCUCUCUCUCUCAGAGGUUUUUUAUAAGUCUGAGCACGAGCUGAUUAUUUUUUUUAAGGUUUCUUCAGCAAUUUAUUUUUCAAUGUUGGAUAAAUUAUUAUUGCUCACAUUUUGUGCAUCCAUGUAUUUGCGCAUUAUUUAUCUUACAUUUCGUAUUUUCAAAUUUAUCGAUUCAUUUUUCCGGAUAAUGUUACGCCUGCCAAGUAUAAUUAGGAGGAUUAGGAGUAGAUUAAUGGAGGUUAGGAGAGUAAUAAGCAAUAAAGCAGGAAGAUGAAGGCUUAGCUUUAUCUCUGCAUCAUGCCGGGGGUUGAGAAGCUUCGACCUUCAAAAGUGGCGCUGGGAGUCGGCUCAGAAGUGAAGCGCGGAAAGGGAAAAAGAGAGCGAUUAGGGCGAGGAAGAAGAAGGGCGAACUGGCAGGAUUUCGAGGGCGAAUGUGCGAACCAACAAGGCACCCUAUUAGUUCGGGUGUUUGGGGCGGUUGGGCAAGUGUCGGCCCAGUAUGCUACCAAGUGAAGAUCCAGAUCUACACAGCCCAAACCACAAGCUGUGGGCCACUGCUGAAGG